AUCAACCAUUUGCAUAGACCAUUUGACAUCAACUAAAUAUAUUUUGUAAAUAUCUACUAAAAACAUUAUCAACAAAAGCUAAAUUCAUUAUUCAUGUAAAACAAAAUGUAACAUUAUCAUCCAAACGUUCUACUAACUGCAGUUUCGUACUAUUUACGAAUGUUAAAAUUAACCGUUUAAAAAUGAAAGCACGGAUAUUUACAUACAGUACAGUUUAAAGAUAAUGGAUGAUUCAAUUUACUUAAAAAAAGAUUCCGAAAAAUUGAACACAGAGUUUAAUUUAUUUUUUACUCUUGAAAAUUGUUCUUUUCCAAGCUCAUUAAAACACAAAAACACUGUUAUCAAAUACACAAAACUGCCAAACUUUGAUGCUGAAGAACCAUGGUGCAAUCGGAAUUCAUUACAUCCAAGAUUCCGCCGUGUUGUAACACUCGACGACCAACCAAUUCAAUCAACUAGGUCGCUAAAACAAAACUUAGUAAACCCAACAAGCAUGUCUACCAGUUGUCCUAAACGGAAGAUUAAAAUUAUUAAUAUAAGAGAUGAAGAGGAAACAAAGAGUUAUUCAAAUAUUUCUGGAAAGGAUGUUAAGAAGUCAUCUCCAAAAACAUCCAGCAGGCUUGUAGGAACUGAUCAGAAAGGUGUUGAUCCAAAGUCAGAAAAAUUGGACUUGAUGAAUGCAGAUUCAAGAAUGAAAAGGACAAAAAAGUAUUCAGAAGAUUUGAGACAACAGUUAGCAAAAAAUAGAGAUUUAAGUAAAGGAAAUGAAUCAGUCAAAGUUAACAUUAAUAAGAGCAAGCAGUUUGAUAACAAGCUUAUAAAAAUUGCUGACAAUGACAAAGCAAGAUUAAUUAAAGAAAAAGAUAUAGAGAAUAAAAAAAAGAAUAUCAAUAAAGAAGCACAUUCUAAUAAAGAAAUGUUAUAUGAUGAAUUACAAAAAGGAAACAACCCGGAAGAUAAAAAUAAUCUGAAGAAAUUUCAACACCAACAGAAUAAAUUACAGCCAGCAAGUUCGGUGAAUGUAAAAAAAAAGGCGCCGACUAAUAUACAUGUAUCUUACAAUGAGAAGAUACAAAAACCAUCCAAAAAAGAACUAAUGAUAGAUCAGAUGGUUCAAGUUAAAAAGAAUGCUUCAAAACAUGUAUCUGUAGAAACAGACCCACCGAUACGGACAGAUCAAAUUACACAGAUCGAUAGUACCUUUGAUUCAUUACUUGUGAGAAUGGAAGAUAAGAUUACAGAAAUGGAUUUAAUAAACGAAAAAUUUGACAGUCUUCGUAUACCUGACGUUACUCUAAGAAAUGAGCGAAAUUCCACUACAGAAGAAGUAGUCAAUUUAUAUAACACAUUACCGAAUCUCAAGACACCAAGUACUGAUAUUAUUACAUUAAAAAGUGAUAAGAAUAUAAGUGAUUCAUGCAUCAAAAGUUCAUCUUAUAUCAUUGGACGUGCAACUGUCACAUAUACAAGGGAACAAAAAAUUGACAUUCAUGUAGUUAAUAAUGAAGAAAUACAUAAUAAUAUCGCGCCAACAUUAGUUUACCCUUUAAAUGUUGUAUCGCUAUAUAAAAAAGAAAUAAAAAACAAACAAUCCGAUGAUUUCUUAGUAAAAUCAAAGAAGAAAGAUAAACCACGAUCUAAUUCUAAAUCCAGAAAUGAUAUCAAUUUUGAUAGUAAAACAAACUCUGUUAACAAAUUAAUCAAACCAUCGGACAUAAUCAGCACAAUUCGGCUUAAUAAUAGUCUGUUACAAAGUGAUUUUCUUUGCAAACAAUUCCAAAGGGAACUCAACUUUAUUGAUUCCUUUUUUGAAUCUCUUAAUUAUUUAGAAAAACUGUCUGAAAAGUAUCUUACAGAGAUAAAAUUCAACAGUUUAACAUGUAGUAAACAAACAAAAUUGAAUGAUUCUGAUUAUAUCUGUAAUUUAACGAAGAUUGAUGAUAGUUGUUAUGUUGAUGAUAGUGAAACAAUGGCUUCAAAGAGUCUUUGUCAGCUUAAUUUACUCAUUCACAAUGAGCAAAGAAGAGCGAGGGAUUUCUUAUUUGUGUUGAAGAUGCAAGAGGAUGUUCUAAAAGAUUACAUAAAAUCUCAAAUGCUUUGGUUAGAAAAGAAGAAAAAGCAAGACAAUAUAGAUAUUUCAACUCUCAAGAAAAAGCAGCGUGGUGCAUUGCUGAAAUUGCAGCACGAAUGUGGUGAAAUGCAAAGGAUGCGAAAAGCGUUACUGACAUUAUCUGAGAAACGUAAGGUCGCCCUCAUGAAGACUAAGAAGAAUAUUGAAAUGAAAUUGACCAACAAUGUGGAUGUCGAACAAAUAAUUCUUGGUAAGAAAAAGUUGAAGCGGAGCACAUCUUCUGAUCGUAUUUUGGCACCGUUGAAGUGUUUUGAUCUUUCGAGUAGUGGAUGUGAAGAUUCCACUACAUCAAAGGAAUUGUCAGAAAGUGCUUGGUAUAGCACAUUGACUGCUGACAAUCCUCUCCAUCAAGUUGCAUCAAGUGCAGAGAAAAGUAUACAAACGGGUGAUAGUAUCUUAGUAGCUGACUUACCCGCUCAACUGAUAGCCACUACAGCUGAAAACUGCAUUGCCGUCGAUGGUGGCUAUUUAAAUAUUCUAUUCCAUAAUUUGUCACUACCACAAAUCUUCAGUAACGGUAAACAAUAUGAAGUGAAUGAGGAGGCUUUAAAAAAUAUUGUCAAUACCUCGAACUCGGAUAAUAAUUUGUCAAAAGACACUGAUACAUUUGAAAAGUUUAUGGAGCAUAUAAAAAAUCCUGAUACUGAUGGAUCGAGUUCUGUUUCCACUGCGCAUAGUCUUGUCGAAGAGUUUGAUCAUUAUUACAAAUGUCUCGGUGAUCAGUCGCUUACUAAUUCACCGGAAUAUGAUAAUGAAGUACACAAUGAUUAUGAAAUGCGAUCUAACAAUGAAUUAAAUAGUGAUGUUUGUGAUCAUAACAGUGUAACAAUGAUAAUGGAUAGUGAUGAAAGUAUGUUGAAGAGAUUAAGUAAUGUGUAUGGGAUUGAUAGUACAUAUAAUUGUGAGCCUAUGUUAUCUGUUGAGAUAGAGACAGGUAGUAGGGAGGUUGGUGUAAGUGUUGCAGGGCCUUUGCCCGUACCUGCAGGGGCCUCUGACCCAGUCGAUGAUCAACCUAUUGAUACUACUUGGCUGUCAAAUGUAACUGUUGAAAAAGAGAGUACAAGCAGAGAUCAAGUAUUUUCUUCAAGCAUCACAUCCUCGUCACAAUAUGCAUCACCAGUUCUCUGUGAGGCUGAAGAGUUAAGAAGACAGCAGUUAGCUAUUGAAAGAGAGAUAAAAGCAUUAGAACAGCAACAGUGUCAAUUGCUAGUCGUUCGUGAGAUACCGGACAAACCUCCGCCGCCUUACAUACCUCCGAGCGAGGUUCGAAUGCCGAAGCCGCCGAAAAUGUUCUUACCCGACCAUAUCUCUGAAGAUAAAAUACAAAAUACCAUAGAGCCGAGAAACGAAUUAUUGGACAUAAAUGAUCCAUUCGAUGCGUUCUUUAAAGAUUUCUGCGAUGAAAGUGUUGAAGGGCAACGUAUCGAGAAAAGCAAUAAACCAUGGGAUGCUUGUAAUUUGUUGCCACAAAAACCCACACCGGAUACUAAGAAGAUAGUCGCUAAAACUUGUACGGAGAUGAAAGAAGUUCUGUCAGGUGCGACACCUUCUUUCGUGUCAGGCAUCAGUUCUAGACGGACAGAUCAUAUUGAUGAUAUAUUAUUUGCGGAAUGGAGACGUUGUGAACCGGAAUGGACAUCGCUACAUACAGAAGAGGCUUCAGUAAAGAACCAACUGUUCGAGAGCAUAUUUAAUAAACUAAUCAACGAAACAGUAGAUGAAUAUAAGAAAAUAGUUUCUACAGAUAGUAAAGAAAAAAAAUAGCUUUCUUGUUAUCAGAGGGACAGAGGAAUUCUUGUUUAUUGUUAAUAAACUUUAAAGUGACUUCAGGGAAGAAUACAAAAGUAUUGAAAUAUAUAGCUUUUAGGCUAUAAAUUUACUACAAGAAUACCACACAAGUGUCAGUCGAAAAUUAGCCAUAUGAGCUAUGAUUUUGCUAUAUUUGUUAUUGUUAGAGGCUAAGAAAUCUUGUUGAGUUGUGUUGUAGAAAAUAUAUACCAGCAAUAUAUUAGACGUUUUUAUAUGUUAGCUUUUAAAUAUUGUAUGCCCAGAACUGAGCGAUAGUUCAUGCACGAAAAUGUCAUAAGUUAAAAGCGACAUUAAAAAUUAUUCUAUUGUAUAAGCAAAUUGACAUCACAAAUAAAGACAAGAGCGACAAGAAGGUUAUGUAUUAAUUUGAUAAACACAAAGUAUUAGUAUUUGCGAGAUAGUUACAAUUACUGUUGUUAUCGAACUGUCGGUUUUCGUGGUUUUUUUUUAGUUUUAAUAACUGAACUUUGCACGUGUACCUUUCGGUCUAUAUUUUGCAACUCUUGUAUUGUUAAUGUAAAUAAAGUAUAGUCAAAUUUAACCUACGUUAGUAUUACGUUAUUUUAAAGAAAAUUAGGUCAAUUAAUUUUAUCUGUUAUCCGUUAGCAAUAGUUAUUUAGGAUGUUAACGAAUAUCACAUUCUUACUAGUAAUAUAGAUGACUAGUAAAAUAUACACGUGAAAUGCAAAGUUUUUUUUUUGCAAAUUAUACUACAUGUAUACAAAAGUAUAUCU